AUGUACACUGCAUUUAAGCUUAUGCAUCUUUCUGAAAAAUAUGAAAAAAUAUUACGGGAAAAAAUUGUGUCUCAAACUGAUAUUGAUCAAUGUAAAGCAUAUUACCAAGCUCCGGGGGAGGUGGGGGGAGGGGGAGAAAAGAAAAGAAGAAUAUACAGUCUUGGAUCUGAAGCAAAAAAUUACUAUGGGCAGAAUCGUUGUGGCUCAUCAUCAUUACCACCUCCAUUUUCUCAAUCAACAUUGACAACAAAUAUGGAUGAGUUUGUAAAGCAAAUGAUGCCUACACUUACUAGUCAUCUUAUUCCUAUUAUUGUUGAGCAGGUGCAAGCAACGAUUAUUGAUCCCUCUGGCAACCCAUCGCUUGUGACACCCAUAGUGCCUCCUACUACUAAUGUGGAUGAGGUUGAUCCCUCAAUUUCAAGUGAUGAUUGUAUCUCUUAG